AUGUCCUCCUCCGACCACGAAAAAGGGGAUGGCCCUGCUGAAGCGAAGUACGAGGCUGCCGCUCAUGAGCAACCGAUUCUUAACGGCGACGUGCCGUCUUACGACCACCAUACCGAAAGCAGACUGAUGCGCAAGGUUGAUUGGAGAUUGCUUCCGAUCCUAGGAGCCUUGUACUCGAUUGCACUCAUUGACCGUGUCAAUAUAUCAAACGCCAGAGUCGCUGGCAUGGGAGUCGACCUUAAUCUCCAAGUUGGCAAUCGAUACACCACUGCUCUGGUCGUCUUCUUCAUCCCAUAUUUCAUCUUUGAGCUGCCAUCCAAUAUUGUUCUUCGCAGAGUGGGAAGCGCCAACUGGCUGUCAUUCAUUGCUUUCUCUUGGGGUUGUGUUAUGAUCGGCCAAGGCUUCGUGAAGUCCUACGAGGCUCUGGCUGUCUGUCGAACACUCCUUGGGUUUUUCGAAGCGGGUUUCUUUCCAGGUUGUGUUUAUUUAGUUUCGUGCUGGUACGUUCGCUACGAGGUCCAGAAGCGACUGGCUUUUUUCUAUCUCCUAUCGGUCCUGGUCGGUGGAUUUGCUAAUAUCCUGGCGUACGGCCUCAUGCAAAUGGAAGGUGUGGGCGGACAGAGAGGAUGGCAGUGGAUCUUUAUCAUCGAAGGUCUUCUCACCGUCCUUGUUGCAGCUGGGGCGUGGUUUGUCAUUGUCGAUUUUCCGGACAAGGCGGAAAAGAAAGGACUCUUGACACAUGAACAGGCGGCCUUCAUCGCCAGACGAAUUGAGGUGGAUAGGGGUGAUGCAGUUCCAGAUCCUCUCACUUGGGAAAAGUUCUUCCAUCACCUCAAAGAUAUUAAGCUUUGGAUAUUCGCUACCUUAUUCAUGUCGUCAACGAUGCCUGCCUACGCUUUUGCAUACUUCACCCCGGUUAUCAUUCGAGGGAUGGGAUAUACUGCCGGAAUCGCAAACGUGCUUUCUGCUCCUCCCGUGGUCUCAGCGGUGAUCACGGCCCUGGCUUUCGCAUGGCUGGGAGACAAAUACCAUAUUCGUGCUCCAAUCAUUGCGACCCAGGCCAUUAUCUGCAUCGUUGGCCUUAUGAUCACCGCCUACCACGACAGGAACGGGGUUCGGUAUUUUGGUAUCUUUCUUGGAAUCGCCGGUUGCCAAGGCAAUAUUCCUGCGGUUCUCGCCUAUCAAUCAAACAAUAUCCGUCUGCAAAGCAAGAGAUCUGUCGGGUCAGCACUUCAGAUUGGGUUUGGGGCAAUUGGCGGAAUCAUCGCUUCGACGGCUUUCUCGGAGCACGAGGCUCCUACAUACAGGAGCGGACUCUGGGCCACAGCGGCCUUACAGUUCUGGAUCUUGGGCUGCUUGUGUGCUACGUCGUGGUAUUUCUGGAAGAAGAAUAAGGAGUUUGAUAACGGCACAUUGAGCAAGCCAAUUGAAGGACAGGAAGGUUUCAAGUAUACUCUCUGA